AUGGCUGCUGUGAAUUCAACUGUAAAUAAGCUAUGUAAAUUAUGUGAGAAAGGGAAAUAUAAAUGUCAGGGUUGUCAUCUAUCCUGUUGUAAACGACAUUUCGACGGACAUAGACAACAACUGGCACGUCAAUUUGACAAAAUCAUUUAUGAGCAUGAUGUUCUACAUGAAUUGCUCAAUUCGAAUGGGUCGACCAAUAACGACAAAACUGAAGGUGAUUUACUGCAAAAAAUCGACAACUGGGAAGUUGAAACAAUACAAAAAGUAGAAUAUACAGCUCGACGAGCUCGAGAAAAAAUAAAACAACUAAUGAACCAUCCAAGAGAACGAAUCCAGAAAGACUUCUGUUUGAUUACAAAUGAAUUGAAACAGAGUAGACAAGAUGACGACUACUUGGAACCAGAUUUCGAACGGUGGUAUCAGCAAUUGCGAGAUUUGAAAGAACAAGUUCAGUCCACAAGUGGCAAAAUUCAGAUAAACACGCGAAAAAGUGACGAAAUAGAUUGGCCAACAUUGAUUAAAGUAGAUACAACAAAUGGAUCUACUAGAACAACUGGAAAGGUUUCAGACAUAAACGUACCGCAAUCUAUUGCAUCCUACACGGAUGACACGCAAUCAGAAGUUCGACCAUUAUUCAAAGGUGGGCAAUUACUGAAUUCAGGAGAAUGUCAACUGACACUCAAUGAAUUCUAUGGCAAAUCAAAUCAACAAUGGGACUUGAUUUACCAAGACACAAGUAACAACACAUUUCCACCUGACGGUGAUAAAGCACAGUUAAGCAAUUGUGGAAUGAAUGUACACCAAGCGGUACACGGCGCAGAACUAGCAGAAUGA